AAAGCUAAAGGGACUCACAGGAGGCUAACAGGAAGACUGAAAUCACUCUGAACUACUGCAACUGAAAGCGCCGGAAAAUGUGUAAAGGAUUAGCUGCUUUACCCCAAACCUGCCUCGAAAGGGCAAAGGAGAUCAAGUCGAAGUUGGGAGUUUUACUGCAAAAGCCAGAGAAUGCCAUCGACCUCAUCAUCCCCUACCCCGAGAAGACUGAGAAGAAGCCGGAGAAGCUGCAGAAGCCGACUCCUGAGGAGGCAAGUCAGUGGCGUGAGAGUCUGGACCUGGUCCUGAACAACGGCUAUGGUCUGAGUGCUUUCCGCAGCUUCCUGCAGUCCGAGUUCAGCGAUGAGAAUAUUGAGUUCUGGAUGUCUUGUGAGGAUUUCAAGAAGACCAAGAACCCUGUGAAGAUGGCCGCCAAGGCCAAGAAGAUCUAUGAAGACUUCAUCCAGUCUGAGGGACCCAGAGAGGUCAACAUUGACCACUUCACCAAGGAUGUGACCCUGAGGAACCUGGUGGAUCUCUCUCCUGCCACCUUUGACCUGGCCCAGAAGAGGAUCUUCGCUCUGAUGGAGAAAGACUCCUUCGGUCGUUUCCUCCGGUCUGAGCAGUACCAGGAGCUCCUGGUCAACUAAGCCUCAGCAGAAAUCUGAGCAGCAGGGGUGGGGGGGGGUGGGGGAGGUUUCAAACAGCAGUUAGUUGAAAUGACAAUUGACAUAAAAACUACUUUUUUUUAUUAAAUCUUCCUAAUAAACUACCAAUGUGUAAGACAGCUCAAGAACCGAAGACUUUUAUUUCACUAAAAAUACCCAAAACACAAAGGGCAAAAAAAAUGCAUUUCCAAAUUCAAUUGAAAUGAAAUGAAAGGUAAAAACUGCCUAUUGAAACAGCCCUCCCUCCCCACCCAACACACUCACACAGACACACAAAUGUUCUUAAACUUCUACACUACUGAGGACCUUCAAUUGACAUCAAUUAUUCCAUAUCUUCUUAAAAAAAAAGGACGGUUUGGGGUGCGCAUGCAAAAUAUGCUUGUGAAAUUAUCCCUUGAAAACAUUAUCUGACCUAAACGUGUGCGUCAAGGUGUUGCAGCUUUGCUAAAAACCUAUCUAGACAGAUGCUUUCAGGUAAGUUUUGACCCCACUGACUGCCAUGCAUUCUGUAGCAUGCUCAACGACUUCGGUCUGCCCCAUAUUUGACUUCACUAUUAGCAAGCAAUGUCUGGUCAGACAAGUCAGCGGACCAAUCACAAUUUAGCAAGCCUAAGAAGCAGCAGCACAGCUACAGCUGGGCCUUUUACAACUUUGGAGACGGUUUUAGGGAGAGCAACACUUUAAAGUACACAUAUAAUUUGGCCUUAAUGCAGGGCUGGUUCAGGCCAUUUUGGUGCCCUCAGCUAAAAAAAACACAAGCACCCUGGAGGGCAUCGACUAUUAUAUCAAAGAUUUAAGUUUGCUCAACUUUGGUUUGUGCCACGUCAUCAACACCCUUUAUGACCACCCAGUUCACCUGCGCUGGCUAGCCUUUCUGUAAAACUUAUCCAGAUGGUCAAUUGUUUUCAAUCCAACAUACUAAAAUUGACUGGGGGUCACAUGGCAAACUACAUCAAAUUUAGCCAAAUUUAGAUAUGACAAAAUGACAAGCAUUCUGCGGUUUUGUCAUAGCAGAAAAGCUUCAGCCUGAAACGAUGACUCACGACGAUGACGAGACUUCUAACAUUUAUGAGGGGAAAUCAUUGGCAAAACGCUAAAUAGAAUGACUGUUGAUGGUUUUCAAUCAGUGGACUCAGUGAAUAAUUUCCAGUAAGGACCAAAUAUUUUGACAUCUUAAUAAAAUAACUGGGAACAGGGCAAACCCUUUUAUCAAUGAGUGAGUAAUAAUUAUUACGCAGCUUUUUUUUUUUUAUCUCUUCCACUCUCUCACACUCACAUAGAUGGUUAUUUCACAGGAAUUUCACCAAACUCCCCUUUGGUCGCAUCCUGUGAGAACCUUCCUUGAGAAAAAAAAAGUGCUGGCUGGUUGGCUCAGUGGUCGAGCUCCUUGGCUACCACUAAACUGCAAGUUGCUAAGAUGGGAAAAACAAGUAGGAGGGAAUCUCAGAAAAAAAAGAAGCGAACAGAGCAGUGAUUUCAGCAGAGAAAGGUCUGUUUCCCAUGUGAUGAUACCAAAGUUGGACAGAUGCACGUGGAGUUACUUAAAAGGUCCAGAACAGGUUUUUAGCACUACACGAGUCAAAAAACCAUGGGAGACAGAAAACUUGCAGGGUUUCAGCACUAUAUAAUGCCAAUUCUUGUUACUGAGAAUCCUUUCGCAAAGAUCUCUUUAAUAACGAGCCAUAGAGCACAUCAUUUUUAAAGUCUAAAGUGAACGUUUAAAGUCAAAGAAAGGAAAUUUAAGGAUACUCACACAAGUAAAUUCAAAAAGUCACAGCUCGUGCCUCUGAUGUUGCAUGUACUUUUCGUUUACUUUCCAGGUUAAGACUUUCAAACCAGUUAUUUUUCAUUACUACACACUGUAACAGAACACUGGUAUUCACCUUAUUAACACUAAGCUGAGAUGUAGACGGAUGUGAUGGGGGAUUUGGUGUUGGUGUGAAGUGUUUAAGUGUCCUAAAUAUUAAGUUGAAUGUAGCAGUCAUAAAGUGUGAUUAUAUUCCCGCUUUAAUGCUUUUUAUAUUAAUCAAAAGCAAAUAUGUCUUAACCAGCACACAGAUAUUGUUAUCUAGAUAGUCAGCAUUUUGUAAGCCCUUAUGGACUCCUAAAACACAGCUAUUUUACACAAAUCUGAAAAGCUAAAAAAAAACUAUUGAUCAGCACUGACGAGGGUUAAUCAUGGCGCAGAUUGACCAGUCUGGUGUCAAAACCUUCAUACAAGUCAACAUGUGAGCGAUCAAUAAGGGCUUAAACAGUGCUGAGUAUGUAUUAUUCGAUGUAGCCUUGCAUGUACGUUUUGGAGUUUAUCACAUAAAAAUAUAUAUGCAUACAAUUCCUGAAGAUGUAUUUAUUUUAUGUGUAAAUAUCGGAUAUUUACAAGCGA